AUGGAAGAUUUACUAUCGCAGCAGCGAUUAGCUAUGCGCUCUGUCACACGCGCAUUGGAAAACUUUAAGAAGAUCGGCCGUGCAAAUCACACGUACGGCAUAGAUCGGAAUCGCCUUCAAACUCUCAAGGAGACUUACGCUCGAUGCGAGCUCCUGCACGCACAACUGCUCAAAGUCGCCACCAAGGAACAAAAGGAUACCGAGAAAUACUUCAAGGAGGAUGUCUACAUCGAAUUGAAGGACGCCUACCUCGCAGCAUCGGACUACAUCUCCGACGCCCUCGCCUCUCUCGAAGCAGAUCAAGCGCCAUCAAGUCCAGGGUUAUCCGUGAGUCAAUCACAGAAAUCCGAAAAAACUCUUACAUUACCGCGCAAUAAUUUGCCGAAAUUCUCCAGCGAUUUACGGGAAUGGGAAACGUUUCACGAUCAAUUCCGCUCCAUGAUUAUCGAUCAUGCAGAGUUGUCGAAUGUUACGCGCUUGCAAUACCUUUAUUCAUGUUUAAAGGACGAAGCACGCGACGUGUUGCGUAAUCUCUCUUUGACCGAAGCUAAUUUUAAAAUCGCGUGGAAUGUACUGCUCGCGCGUUACGAUGAUAAGCGUCGAUUAGUAUCGGAACAUAUUCAUACGCUUCAUACGCUACCGGCCGUUAAUACCGAUUCCGCGCAGGAUCUUAUGUCGCAUCGAGAUAAAGCUAAUAUGUCAAUUCAAGCGUUAAAAAAUCUCGGUCGUCCAGUUGAGUGGUGGGACGAUUUGCUCGUCUAUCUAGUCGUGCAAAAAUUAAAUAAAGCCACGCGUAAAGCAUGGGAAUUACAUUUAGGCGAUAAAACGGAAUAUCCGUCGUAUACGGAUCUUCAUAACUUUCUCGCAUCGCGAAUUCGAGCGUUCGAGAAUAUUCCAACGACCAGUACGGUCAAAACAAAACCGAGCAAGUCGUCCGUGCAAAGUCACACGACGACCGCUACCGGAGCUCAUUGUCCGCUUUGUAAACAAGAUCAUCUCUUGUCAGUAUGUCCUGAUUUCAAGAAGAAACAGGUUAACGAGCGUCGCGAUCUUAUUGUCAAAUUUAAACGAUGUCUCAACUGUUUAAGCGCUCGACAUUUCGCGAACACAUGUCCGAGUAAACAUAACUGUCGUCAAUGCCAACAAAGGCAUCAUACGAUGCUUCACGAAGCGACGACAUCAAGCGCGACCGAGAAUUCCCUUGAAUCCAACGAAACGAAUACGUCAAAUGAAAACAACGUCGUUUCACAUUUAAUUACGAAAACAACAUUUGACAAAUCUCGUGUUCUAUUAGCUACCGCGCGGAUUCAGGUGUGUUCUUCGUCUGGUCGCACAGAUGUCAUACGCGCAUUGUUAGAUCAAGGAUCUGUCACUAGUUUAAUUAGUGAAAAUCUCGCUCAACGGCUACGGUUAUCGCGAACACGCGUUGCUGUCUCGGUUACCGGAAUCGGUGAAACGCAAUUCGUCGUACGACAUGCUGCUCUGAUUUCGGUAUCAUCUAAGACCGGCAAGGGUCCGUCAUACUCAACGACCGCAAUUAUUAUGCGCUCUCUGACUAAAUACACGCCGCCUAAAAUAGCAUAUCAAAUCUCUCUCGCUCAUUUAAGCGGCCUGCCAUGGGCUGAUUCACAGCCCUCAAGUGCCGAUCCGAUCGAAAUGAUCAUCGGCGCUGAUCUAUACGGUGCUGUUCUGUUACCGGGCCUGUGCUCAGGUUCCUCUAAUCAACCAACAGCACAAAAUUCCAUUUUCGGCUGGAUCAUGUCUGGUCCGAUUUCGACAAGUUCGUCUUCAAACAUGUCUAACGUGACAGUUAAUCAUACCACGUUGCACGACAAUCUCGAUGACGAAAUUCGUCAGUUCUGGGAAGUCGAAGAACUUCCGCAAUUAUCAUACCUCACUCCUGAGGAACAACGUUGUGAGGAACAUUUCCGAGCAACUCAUUCUCAUGACUCUAAUGGACGGUACGUCGUACGGCUACCGUUCAAAGCCAAUCCUCCGAUUGCAAUAGGCGAAUCUCGUCACAUCGCCUCAUCACUUCUUUCACGGCUUAAAGGCCAUCUUCAAAAUAAAAAGGAUAUCGCAUCCGAAUAUUGA